AUGUCUACUAAAAGUAGUCAGUCAUCAGGAGAGUCAUCACCUCUCCUUCCCACCACUUUCCAACAACCCACACAGAUCUUCUCUGCAGAGGAAGAGUAUACCAAGGGAGAGGAGAAGAGUUCAAAGGAAGACUCUCCAUUUCUUGAAGAAAAUGAGUAUCUGGAAGAGAAUGAGUAUCUGGAGAAGGAAAAGUAUCCGCAGGAAGAUGACUAUCUGGAGAAGGAAAAGCAUCAGAAAGGAAAGAAGGAUCUGAAUAAACGGGGGUCUCUGAAGGGGAAAAAGCAUCUACAGAAGGAAAAAAAUUAUUGGUAUGAAGAAGGCUAUUUAGAAAAGGGUGAGUAUCUGGAGGAGGAGCUCCAGGUGAUUUAUCCAUCGCACACCCCGCCUAAUCUUAAUGAAAGAAGCCCACCUGCUGCCAUCUCUCAGGCGAACACCCUCCUCACCGUCACUCCUCCCACCUUUGAACAUGCCAGGAAGUCUUCUCACUCUGCCAAGAAGACUUUUAUGGCCUUCAAGGAGAAUGCUAGAGGAUCUCUGCCCUCGCAAGACCAGGGCACGCAGACAGAGGGCGCCUAUGAGACUCAGGGACCUUCAACAUCACAAGUAAAAACAGAGCAAGAAGCCCCAACAAUAGCACACACCUCAAAGUUGGAUUCAGAAGCACAUGGAGUGCCACAACAGGAAGAAAAUGGUGAGAGUCCACAUGAUAUAACCAAAGCUCCCUGCUCCCCACAGAGUUCCAGGCUGGGGAUGGUGCCCCAGGUGAUGGGAUCAGAAGCUUACGAGGAUGCUGAGACAACAGAUACUGGCGCUCUCUUGAUAGGCAGCUUUACAGCUAGGCUAAGCAGUACGUCUCCAAGCCCUGUCGUCAGCAGCAGAUGCGAACAGCUUUUUAAGAGCUCCUAUCACACAGUAUUUAAGACCGUGCUCAAAGAACAGGCUGCUCACAGUGAACUGGAAGAGGAUACUGACAUUCCCCUGACUGGCCAACUGGAAAGUGAAACCAGAAGGAAACUGAGAAUUCUGUUGAAGACAAACAUUGAAAAGUACAAGGAAGUAAUUCACUGGAUUAUGGAGAAACGUGGAACCAUAUUCAGAGAUUCAGAUGUGGUUACUCACACAUUUAAUUUAUUGAGCCACACUGAGAAGCCCACGACAGAAAUAAAGAAACCUCAUCGUAUUCGUCGUAAAAAGAAAUUAGAUACAGAAAUAGAUACAGAGUGGAUGAAGAGCAGCACUGAGGUGUUCGAAGAUGUUGUAAAAGUAAUUCUCUACCCCAAUGAGAAUAUCUUCCGAAUUCUCUUUUCUGAUCAAUCAGGCCAGAUAUAUUACCCAUCGGGAAACCUGGCUGUGCUCUCCUUCUGUACGCAAGAGAGCCAGUUCACAUAUAUCAUUUUGGAAGACUGUGAAGAAGGGUGUGUUCGAGCCCUUAUCAACAACAAUGGCCAUGCCACCAUCUAUGAUGAAUACAGAGAAAUCUGGUUGAGCCUGAGCCAAAACCUGGGCUACUACUUUGACAAAGACAAAUCCCAGAAGGCCUGGAACUGGUGGAACCUGACCCUGCACGUCCACGCGCCCCCGGUCCGGUCUAUCUCCUUAAGCAUCAACCAGUAUAUCAAGGUACAAGUCAAGAGCCAAAAUGAGAUCAUCUUCCGCUUCGUCCACCAAACAAACCGCAUUUCCUUAAACCUGGGCACCAAGUACAAGUUCAUCAACCCGGAGAGGCUGAGAGAAAUGAAGGUGAAAGCAAUCCUGGAGGUGGACUUUGGUUCAACAGCUCGGAAGAUGCAGGUCCUUCUGGGCAAAAUGAGUAAGAUCCUGCAUUUCCUGACCAUGUGUGAUUUGGAAAACUUCAUAGAGAGCGCCACGAACUUGCUGCUGGACAGCAGUCGGAAAAGGAAGAAGUUUUAG